GUGUGUCAUGUCUGGUCGCACGGGUAACGCCGAAUCGGCCACUGUCGCUUUUGCAACCAACUUGAAAUGCUACGAAAUCCAUCAUCACAUGGACACAACAACGAAUCGACUGUCGAAGACGAUGGCGAUGGAUGCGAAAUUGUUAGCAAUGGCAAAAACAUGUUGGCGAGGAAGUUCUCAACUAAGGGUGACACUCUUUACCUCGAGAGACGGGUGGGACUCCUCAGUGGGGUUGCUCUAAUAGUUGGCACUAUGAUUGGUUCUGGUAUAUUCGUUUCUCCGACUGGAUUGUUAAUAAGGACCGGGUCAAUAGGCUUAAGUUUCGUUAUAUGGGCAGCGUGCGGCGCAAUGUCACUUUUGGGAGCAUUGGCAUAUGCUGAAUUGGGAACAAUGAACCCGAGUUCCGGAGCUGAAUAUGCUUAUCUAAUGGACGCAUUUGGGCCGAUGCCUGCAUUUUUGUUUUCUUGGAUAUCCACAUUGAUACUCAAACCAUCGCAAGUAGCUAUCAUUUGUUUAAGCUUCGCCAAAUAUGCAGUUGAAGCAUUCGCUGAUGAAUGCGGUUCUUCUGAUUUGGUAGUAAAAAUUGUUGCUAUUCUAUCAAUAUUGGUGAUUACUUACAUCAACUGCUAUAGUGUUAAUCUCGCGACUGGUGUUCAAAACGCUUUUACCGCUGCCAAAUUGGUUGCCGUUUUAGUAGUUGUCGCUGGAGGAGUACAAAAAAUAUUCCAAGGGCAUACAGAACACUUCAAAAACUAUUUUGAAAACACUACCUCAAGCUUAGGCGAUGUGGCAACGGCUUUCUACUCAGGUUUAUGGGCAUACGACGGUUGGAAUAACCUUAACUAUGUUACCGAGGAAAUAAAAAACCCUUCGAAAAACAUUCCAAGAGCAAUAUACAUUAGUAUACCACUGGUAACUAUAUGUUACUUAUUGGUUAAUGUGGCAUAUCUUACUAUUAUGUCACCAGACGAAAUAGUGCGUAAUGAAGCUGUUGCAGUGACAUUUGGUAUCAGAGCACUUGGGUCUAUAGCUUGGGUGAUCCCUUUGUCUAUUAUGAUAUCAACGUUCGGUUCAGCUAAUGGUACAUUGUUCGCCGCCGGAAGACUGUGCUUUGCAGCUAGCAGAGAAGGUCACUUAAUGAAUGUGUUGUCGUAUAUUCACAUAAAGAAGCUUACGCCAAUGCCGAGCAUUAUAUUUCACGCUAUUAUAACAAUUAUGAUGGUGGUUUCCGGUACGAUAAAUUCGCUAAUUGACUUUUUUAGCUUCACGGCUUGGAUUUUUUACGGUAGUGCAAUGCUAGCGUUACUCGUGAUGCGUCGCACGAGACCUGAUGUUCCUAGGCCGUACAAGGUUCCCAUAAUCAUUCCGAUAAUAAUAUUCAUCAUUUCAAUUUACUUGGUAGUGGCUCCGAUAAUCGAUAAACCUCAGAUCGAAUACUUAUAUUCAGUAUUAUUUAUGUUAGCUGGAAUGAUAUUUUACGUACCUUUUGUACACAUGGGAUAUAAGUUCAACGUUGUUGAUAGAUGGACUGUGUUUGUUCAGUUGCUGUUGCAAGUAGCGCCAACUAAAUUAGUGUUACCAGAUUAGAUUAAAAAUCAUUUUAAAAUCUCCCAUAAAUAACAAGUAUCAAAUAGCAUAUCUCAUUACCAGUGUAGACAAUAUUAAGUAGGUACAAAUGUAUAUAUUAUAAUGAAUAUAUCUGUUAAUUUGUAUAGAUUUUGUUUAAAAAAAUGUAAUUUUGUUUAAAUUUUUAAACCUAGAAGUUCACAAUAAAAUAAUAAUUUAAAUUAAUAAGGCAAAGCGACGCGAUGCAGCACAAAAAUACAAUGCACGGUCGCAGAAACUUUAAAUAAAAUCUCUGCUUUUUCGAUAUUAACGUUAUGCUAUCUGCUAUGUAUUACCAAGUUCUUUCCCCGUUAUAUUUAUAUGUCCAUAGAAAUCAGAUGGAUUAAACAUAGUUAAUGCCUAUUGCCAAGCUUAACACAGCAUAAUAUAAUCGUUGUACUUGUACAUACGUUUAUUUAAAAUAAACCUUAAAUGUAGGUAAUACAAAUGUUUAAGGAUUUAGUAUUUUGGUAACUAAAAUUUUACGGAUCGUAUUCAGGGUUCAAAAUUUGAUGUAGUUAGAAAUGUUUUAUUAAAAUGUGUACAUUAUAAUAUUUAAAAUAUAAAAGU